AUGGCCCAAAAAUACGCCAAGGACCAGCCAUCUGGCUUCACCAACCGCAUUGAGCGCGUGGCUAUUGUUGGCGCCAGUGGCUCCGUCGGCAAGCCCAUUGCUCAGGAACUGCUCAAGACCGGACAACAUACCGUUACCGCGUUGACCAGGACGGACAGCACCAGUGUCCUCCCCGACGGUGUCAACGUCGUGCGUGUGAACUACGACGAUGAAGGCUCUCUCGUAUCAGCCCUAAAGGGCCAGCAAUUCCUCAUCAUCACGCUGUCUGUCACUGCCGCCCGCGACACACAGUCGAAGUUUAUUCAGGCCGCUGCGCGCGCUGGCGUCCCCUACGUUAUGCCCAAUUCAUACGGCUGGGACGUUCAGAAUGAAGCAUUUGAAACGGAUAUCCCCCUUACUGGAGGUCUAUUCAAGAAGGCUCGCACUGAGAUUGAAGCCGCCGGGGUGUCGUCGUGGGUUACACUUGUCUGUGGCUUUUGGUACGAGUUUAGUCUUGUGAAUGGGGAGCAGUGGUUUGGGUUUGACUUUAAGGAGAAGAAGGUCACGUUUUUUGAUAAUGGAGAGACGAAGAUCAAUGUCAGUACGUGGGAGCAGUGUGGGCGUGCGGUUGCGCGGCUCCUCAGCUUGAAGGAGUUGCCCGACGACGAGAACGACAAGGAGCCGGCGUUGAGUAACUGGCGAAACAAGUCGGUUUAUAUUGAUAGUUUUGAAGUGAGCCAGCGUGACAUGUACGAGAGCUGGAAGCGGAUUACUGGCGAUACUGACGAGGACUGGACUCGUGCGACUGAACCUGUGACUGAGCGAUAUGCGAGAGGGCUCGAGCUCUUGGAGAAGGGGGACCACUCAGGCCUGGCGUUGGCUAUGUAUUCGCGAGUUUUUUAUCCCAAUGGAGAUGGAAACCAUGGACAGAAGCAUGGGCUUGUCAAUGACCAGCUUGGUCUUCCCAAAGAGGACCUGGAUGCGCGGACUGUGGUUGCGAAGGAUUUGUUAGACCGGGGUUAUUCUUACUUUGGGAACCGUCUUUGA